AUGGAGAUUACGAACUUGGCCGAGUCCGUGUCGUAUCUGGCGAGUUUUUUCCACACCCUGCCACCGGAAAUGGUGCUUCGGCUCGAGUGCUCCCUAACUUUACUGAAGAGCGAACAGCACCUGGCCGCCUUGUAUUUCUUCGGUCAACUCGAAGCCCAAUCGGCGACCUACUGGCUAGCGUUCGGUACUCCGGAAGCGGAUCUGUUUCGCGAGCAAAAGUUAUUCUACAGUCGCAAUGCCACCGAUUGGUUCCUGCUGUUAGCCCCUAGCAAUCGUGAACCGACAGAAGAUUGGUCUUUGCUAUGCGAGGAUUUUACCGGUGAGGUUGGCUAUCGGUUUCGGUUGCCCGCGACCAAGCUUCAGGAGGACGGAGGUGAAGCGAACCAUCCGCGUUACGUGCUCGAACAGGACCGGCUGUGGUACGUCUUUCGAGCGCUACUCCGUGAAGCGUGCUGCGUACCGAGGGGUUUAAUUUAUCGCACCGAUACGAAGGAAACGAUCAGGAACACGCUGUUCCGCGGGUUAACCGAAGAGCAGCUCGGUGAUCUGGCCAACUACCAGCAUUUCCGGCUGCCGGAACGUAACGUGGAGGAGAAUCUCAGUGGCCGUCCGACCGACUGCAACCUAUCGAUGGAUGUGUUCGAUCGGAUUGAAGAUGUGGUGCCUCGUGGUCGAAGUUUCAGCCUACGAGUGGACGAUUCCGGUCGCUUCUCGUCCUGUAGCUCCCUGUGGUGGCUCGGUGCAGUCAGCUUCCUCAAAGCGAACGCGGGCGAUCUAUGGGGAUUUUACUACCGAGGUGAUGGCCGAAAGAAUUGGGAUCUUCCCUUUCAGAUUUAAGGUCACGAUCGGGGCCAAAUAAUGACGAGAAAAGUGCGAGGUCGAGAAAAUUCGGAAAAACCAACCAACACCGCGAAUUGUGCGCUUUAGCCAAGACACAUGUGUCUCGACUAAAAAUGCCACCGGUAGUUGAGCCAAUCGACCGCUUGAGGGCGCUCCAGUCGCUCGUCCUGUUUUUCGUGGAACUCAGCAUUUUCCGACGCGAAAACUCGCUCGCUAUCGGUCGGAAUUUCCCGGAUCGGAUCGUGGUUAGUUCAAGGUAGGCAGGCGGAUGGCCAUAGGAGGAGCAUAGGAAGCGCACAUACACAUACACAACCACAAAAACUGUCGUGGAGUACGAACGGUGGAACGAUAUUGCAUCGUGCUGCUUGCGUCAGCGAGGAAAGAGUCGCCUUCAAGUGGUAAUAAGUUCUAUUUAGCGCGCAAAAUUAAACCAGAAGUUAA